UACGAGCACCGGAAGUGACGCGGUUCCGAUUUUUUCUAAGGUCCGAGGAAAUUUCACAUCACCGGCGGGGUUUAUGAUGUAAAGCGGGUGUAGCAAGUUGGUUGGUUGUGUAACGUGCGUCAUCAUUGUGCGCUUCCUUUUAGCCGUCUGUUGGUUUAAAGAAAUGUCGGUGAAUUAUGCAGCCGGUCUGUCCCCGUAUGCUAAUAAAGGCCAAUGCGGACUUCCUGAGAUUAUUGAUCCACCGGAUCAAUUGCGAAGGAAGGUGCAGGAGCUCGCCAAAAUGAUACAAGGUGCCUCCUAUGUGGUAUUUCAUACCGGAGCGGGAAUCAGUACUUCUUGUGGGAUCCCUGAUUUUAGGGGCCCCAAUGGAGUGUGGACUUUGGAAGGGAAAGGUCUAAAUCCAAAAUUUGAUACAACAUUUGAAAAUGCCAGUCCCUCUAUAGCACACAUGGCACUUCUACAACUACAGAGAGUUGGUAUCUUGAAGUUUUUGAUCAGUCAAAAUGUGGAUGGUCUGCAUUUAAGGUCUGGAUUUCCCAGGGAACAGCUUGCAGAACUCCAUGGAAACAUGUUUGUUGAGGAGUGCACCAAAUGUGGCAAACAGUAUGUUCGAGACAGUGUUGUGGAAACGAUGGGAUUAAAACCUACUGGAAGACUUUGUGAUGUUCCCAAAGUUAGGGGCCUACGGUCAUGCAGAGGAAAGCUGAUUGAUACUAUUCUGGAUUGGGAAGAUUCUUUGCCUGAGAGAGACUUGAACUUGGCUGAUGAAGCCUGCAGAAAAGCCGAUCUGGCAAUCACACUUGGAACAUCACUUCAGAUUAAACCCAGUGGAAAUCUUCCUCUUUUAACCAAGCGUAAAGGUGGGAAAUUGGUCAUAGUGAACCUACAACCAACCAAACAUGAUCGGUAUGCUGACUUGCGUAUUCAUGGUUAUGUCGAUGAGGUUCUGACACAACUUAUGCAACAUCUAGAUAUUAAAAUCCCUCUAUGGACUGGCAUAUCUACUAAAAUAGAAUCAAGUGAGCAUAAUCCUGAAUCCAAAGUGGUUUCAAACUGUAACGGAGACCUGGGUUAUUUAGAGUGCCAAGAGACCAAGAGGGAAUGCUGUGUUGAUAUGGCCAGUCUGCCAAAGCAAAGUUGAACCUGGCUGCAUAUAUGUGCAUUCAUGGUAUAUAUGCUUGUUUUAUUGUACAAAUAUGUAUUUUCUUUACAAGGAUUAGUUAUCCAAUUGUUCUUCAAAAGAAGAAUAAAAUAUACUGGCAAAAUCAUGAAAAAAAACUAUGUUGCUGAUUUGGUUCAAUGUUGUAUGUAGUACCACGUGCUUUUAUUAGAUGUGCUAUGGGAGUUAAUUGUCAAACGACCAUACAGUCGUUAGAGAAGUGAUUUGCUUUAUAUCGCAAGCAAUACUGAUACAGUGCAUUCACAUAGCUUCACUUUUUCCACAUUUUAUGUUACAGCCUUAUUCCAAAAAAGAAUACAUUCAUUAUUUUCCUCAAAAUUCUAUAAACAAUACCCCAUAAUGACAACGUGAAAAGUUUAUUUUUAUUUAUUAAAAAUCAAAUGUUCAUACGUAUUUGCUUAAUACUUUGUUGAAGCACCUUUGGCACCAAUUACGGCCUCAAGUCUUUUGAGUAUGAUGCUACAAGUUUGGCACACUUAUUUUUUUGGCAGUUUCUCCCAUUCUUCUUUGCAGGACCUCUCAAGCUCCAUCAGGUUGGGUGCAGAGCAUCGGUGCACAGACAUUUUUAGAUCUCUCCAGAGAUGUUCAAUCGGGUUCAAGUCUGGGCUCUGGCUGGGCCACUCAAGGACAUUUACAGAGUUGUCCUGUAGCCACCGCUCCUUUGUUAUCUUGGCUGUGUCGUCGUCCUAUUGAAAGAUGAACCUUCACCACAGUCUGAGAUCCAGCGUGCUCCCAAACAUGUUUUCAUCAAGGAGGUCUCUCUACAUUGCUACAUUCAUCUUUCCCUCGAUCCUGACUAGUCUCCCAGUUCCUGCCACUGAAAAACAUCCCCACAGCAUGAUGCUGCCACAACCAUUCUUAACUAUAGGGUUGGAGUUGGGCAGGUGAUGAGCAGUGCCUGGUUUCCUCCAGACAUGAUGCUUGCCAUUCCUGCCAAAGAGUUCACUUUUUGUUUCAUCAGACCAGAGAAUUUUUGAGGUGCCUUUUGGCAUACUCCAGGCGGGCUGUCAUGUGUCUUUUUUACUAGAAAGUGGCUUCCGUCUGGCCACUCUCCUGAUUGGUGGAGUGUUGCAGAGAUGGUGGUUCCUCUGGAAGAUUUUCCUCUCUCCACAGAAAAAUGCUGGAGCUCUGUUAGAGUGACCAUCGGGUUCUUGCUCACCUUUCUGACCUAAGGCCCUUCUCCCCCAGUCGCUCAGUUUGGCCCACUCUAGGAAGAGUGGUUCCAAACGUCUUUCAUUUACAGAUGGAGGCCACUGUACUCAUUGGGACCUUCAGUGCUGCAGAAAUUUGUAUGUAGAAUUUUGAGGAGAAUAAUUAAUGACUUAUUCCAUUUUGGAAUAAAGCUGUAACAGAACAAAAUGUGGAAAAAGUAAAGCGCUGUGAAUACUUUCAGGAUGCAGUGUAUAUUGGACUUAUUUAUGGAUCUUUUAUGUUACUUUUCAUUUUGUGUUUUUUAAGCUAAUUUGUGGUCAUAUGUUUGUGUAAUAGGCUUAAAAAUUUGUAGGAAUCUCGCUUCUUUUGUCAGUUGGACAGGAAGUAAAAGGUAAUUUCUGUCAGCUGAAGUGAAGGAAAUAAUUAAAAAAAUCACAGCAUUUAUAGGCCUCAAAUAUCCAAAACUAAAAUAAAAUCUUAGUCUUCUGUUCAACUUAAAGCGGUUAUAAACCGCACCAGUUUUUUUUAUUUAAACCCUGCAAGGUAAAAGCAAAAUCCUUACCUUAGAACAAAGCCCUCCAGUGGCAUGCUGUCACCACUGAGGGCUUCCAUUUUCACCCGGUCUUUCUUCUGGGUUUGCAUGCUCCAGCUGUCUGGCCACACCACGAUGACGUCACAGGCCGCAUCAUGGGGCUCUGAAAGAAUGGCAUGGGUAAGCCGUUCCUUCAGAGCUCAUGCACCGGUGACCUCAUCGGUUGAAUGCAGUGUGACAUCUCCUAAACCAUGUAGGUUUUAGGAGAAAUUCAUGGUAUAUACAGAUAUGCCUUAUGGGCUUCUCUGCAGGUACAAGGGCAAAAAAAAAAAGCUUACGGUACUUCCACUUUGUUAGAAUUUGUCCUGUUUCAUUUAUAUCUGGAUAUUUAGUUUUUUAUAUUUUUAUUUCUGCUUGUGUGAUACAAAGUACCAAAAAUGUAAGGUUAAAAGUUCUUAUCAUGCAAUGUACUUUUUAUACUGAAGUAAAUAUCAUGCUACACAUG